ACCUGUCAACAUGGCCGACUUUCAACGAGAAAAAAAUCUUUCUGAUAACAUUAGCAUUGAUUUGGGUGGUUCUGAAGAUUUCAGUUCGACGAAACAAUCCUAUAAACACGUAGAAAGCCCGAGUAAAUAUAUGCCAACGCAAGACGAAUUUCAAUUUGUUCAGGGUCCUUCACAAUCAGUUCAACAAAUUGAAGGAAGUAUUUAUGCAGAUACAACCACAAGUGCAGGUGGAACAGCAUAUGGUGUUAAACAUCGUGGGCUAGCCUCCAGACUACUUGAAAAUCGUGGAUUUGGUUGGUUGUUAGAAGAAGAGGAAAAUGAUGAUGUUGAAUUGAAACCACUUCUUGAAGAAUUAGAUAUUGAUCUGAAAGAUAUUUAUUAUAAAAUAAGAUGCGUUAUGUUCCCUCUCCCACAACUUGGUUUUAAUCGACAUAUUUUACGAGAAAGCCCUGAUUUUUGGGGUCCUUUGGUUGUUGUUUUACUGUUUUCUGUCUUUUCUUUAUAUGGACAAUUUAGGGUUGUGUCAUGGAUUUUGACUAUUUGGUUAGGUGGAUCGUUUAUUGUAUUUUUAUUAGCUAGAGUUCUUGGUGGAGAGGUAUCCUAUGGACAGUGUAUUGGUGUAAUUGGGUAUUCUCUCCUACCUUUAUUGUUAAUGGCCUUGUUUUUACCUCUUGUUAGAUCCGUUGCAGUAAUAAGCUUUGCUUUCAAGUUAUUGGGUGUGGUUUGGGCAGCAUAUAGUGCAGGUUCAUUACUCUGUGUUCAAGAAUUACAACAUAAAAAGCCUUUGUUGCUGUAUCCAGUAUUCUUAUUGUAUAUAUACUUUUUAUCGUUGUACACUGGCGCCUGAUUUACUUACAUUAUGACCCCCAAUCCUGGAUUUGCACUAAAAUUCAUGUGUUUGAAAAUAUAAGAAUGGCAGUUCAAUAUUACAUGGAAAUUUUGAGCAAGGAAACUUGAAUCUGAUUAAUUCUGAAACCAAAAUAUGAUGUCUUUAUCAUUAUUCAUUUCAACAGUUAGAAAAAUUUGAUAGGAUUCCCAAUUGUUUUAAGGGUCAGCUCAAUGUUGAUUGUUAUUUUUUGUUUAUCACUCAUAUACAAUAAAUUACUCUAAUGUUUCAUUUGACAAUUCUUGGCAGUUUCCAUAGAUCUGAAUACGUUGCAAAGGGCUAGCUUAACUUUCACAUUAGGCCCUAUACUAAUGUUUUUGGUUAUAGAUAAAUGUCAAUUAUAAUAUUGUUUCCAGAAAUGUAAAUAGGGAGAUGUAUUUAUUUUAUACUCAUUGUAAAAAUUGUAAAUAAAAUGAGGUAUUUUC